AGCGGCGGCCGAGCGCCCCGGCCCGCUGCGCGCGAUGCUUCCCUGGACGGCGCUCAGCCUGGCCCUGGGCCUGCGGCUGGCGCUGGCGCGGAGCGGCGAGCAGCGCGGCCUCCCAGUGUCAGCCCCCCAGGGUGACCUGCUUUUCCUGCUGGACAGCUCAGCCAGUGUGUCUCACUACGAGUUCUCCCGGGUUCGGGAGUUUGUGGGGCAGCUGGCGGCAUCGCUGCCCCUGGGCCCCAGGGCCUUGCGUGCCAGCCUAGUGCAUGUGGGCAGCCGCCCAUACACCGAGUUCCCCUUCAACCGGCACAGCUCAGGUGAGGCUGUCCAGGAUGCCAUACGCACUGCGACCCAGCGCAUGGGUGACACUAACACCGGUCUGGCACUUGCAUAUGCCAAGGAGCAGCUGUUUGCUGAGGCGCUGGGUGCCCGGCCAGCGGUGCCCAAGGUGCUGGUGUGGGUCACAGAUGGAGGCUCCAGCGACCCCGUGGGGCCUCCCAUGCAGGAACUCAAGGACCUGGGCGUCACUGUCUUCAUUGUCAGCACGGGCCGUGGCAACCUCCUGGGGCUGUCGGACGCCGCCUCGGCCCCUGCUGAGAAGCACCUGCACUUUGUGGAUGUGGAUGACCUGCACAUCAUCACCCAGGAGCUGAGGGGCUCCAUUCUCGAGGCCAUGCAGCAGCUCCGUGCCUACGAGGUCACCUCCAGCAGCAUCCACCUGGCCUGGCCGCCCCUGCUGACCACCAGCUCGGGCUACUACGUGCUGGAGCUCGUGCCCAGCACCAAACAGGGGGCCGUGAGACACCAGCAGCUUCCGGGGAACGCCACGAACUGGACCUGGGCCGGCCUCGACCCGGACACGGAUUACGACGUGGCGCUGGUGCCCGAGUCCAACGAGCGCCUUCUGCGGCCCUUGCACCUGCGAGUGCACACACUGCCAGAAGAGGCGGGGCCGGAGCGCAUCGUCAUCUCGCACGCCAGGCCGCGCAGCCUCCGCGUGAGCUGGGACCCCGCGCCCGGCGCGGCCGCCGCGCUCGGUUACCACGUGCAGUUCGGGCCGCUGCGGGGCGGCGCGGCGCAGCGCGUGGAGGUGCCCGCGGGCCGCAACAGCACCACGCUGCAGGGUCUGGCGCCGGGCACCGCCUACCUGGUGACCGUGACCGCGGCCUUCCGCUCGGGCCGCGAGAGGGCGCUGUCCGCCAAGGCCUGCACGCCAGGCGGCGAGCGCGCCCGCGCCCUGCGCCCCCCGGAUCCCGGCGCCGCGGGCCCGUGAGCCCCCCGUCCCGCCGACCUGACGGCCCCCAAGCCCCGUGGCGGAGGUUCAGCCCUGGGGUGGGGGUCCUGGCGCGUGACCCCCGCUCCUCCCUCCAGCGCGGGCCUCGCCUGCCUCCCCGGCCAGACCCCGCAGCAGCCGUGCGACCCCCGCCCGGAGCUGGGCACGCCGCGCGGCCCUUUGGGCAGGAUUUAGCGGGGAGAUGGACAGGGAGUCUGAGGGCGGGUCGAGGACAUCAGACCCAGGACUGGCCCCGGCCCAGGAAGGGAGCCUGGUGGCCAGACCUCCCCCUUGUGCAAAAGCCCAGCCCUCUGCUGGCAAGGGCUUGAAGGGACCGUUCUGAGUCCCCCCGGCUACUCAGGACCUAGAUGUUGAAAGUGGAUGGAGGGGAGAAGCUAGCUCUUGCCAGGUCCCCAAAGGCGUCCAGAAGGAAAGAAAGGGCGGGGAGGGGUACCAGCAGGCUGGUGGUUUGGUCAGGUGGUCUUCAGCCAGUUCGGAGGGUACGUCCUGCUGAGGACAGUGGCCCUGCCUCCCUGCCCAGGACCCUGGCCGGGCCCAGCCAGCAGCCGCUGGGAUGCAGAAGGCAUCUUUUGGGAGGAAUGGGGCCGGGAGAGCCCCUUCCCCAAGUCCAGCACCCACAGGGAGCCUCUCCAGCUUCAGGGGUGGGGAGCAGGACAACAGGGUUCCUCAGGAUGGGCCCCCCAGUGAUUGCAGCAGCUGUGACCCCAAGGGGUCAUGCUCAGGGCUACCUCCUGUGCCUACUUACUGUCCUGGGGUCACCAGACGAGGGCAGAGGGUACCUGUCUUUCCAGUCUUCCUCCAGGUGUGUCCACUGCCCCCACCAUUGCCUGUACCAAACUAGUGCUCACGUCACCUCUCUUCCCACUAACAUCCCAAAUUUUAAAAUGCAGUAAAUCAGAUGUAAAUCAA